AUGGAGUUGUUUGAAGAUCCUGAGUUCUUGAAUGCACAAAAAAAUGUCAAAGAAUUAGUGACGGUUGCAUCUAUCAAAGAGUCUUUGAAAAUCAUAGUGAAAGCAUCUCCGACAAAAUUCUUCUUGAUAUUCUUAAUUUUCAUUCUCCCUCUCUCAUUGUUCCAACUCUUGUUUGAAGCUAAUACUCGAUUGGUACUCGCUCUUUUUACAGCGGAUCUAUAUUACAAAUCAUCACCUGAAUACUUUCUUUCUGAUCAGAAGCUUGUUCAUCAGAAACUCGUUAGCGACUCUAUCCAUGACUGUGUCUACCUUGUUCUCUUCUCCACCUUCUAUAUUUUGUCUACAUCUGCUAUGACCUUAACCAUAACAUCUCUUUACGUAUCAAAGCCCUUGUCUUACAUUUCUGUUCUUUCAGCUAUUCCUCGUAUCUUAAAACGUCUUGCAAUCACCGUUCUUCAUGCCUUGCCCCUCAUUUUGCUGAGCUAUACAACUUACUUGGCUUUUCUUGCUCUGGUUGGUACACUUGUUGUUACUGUGAUUCAUACGGUUCCGGAAACUAAUAAUUAUGUCCUGGUAUCCCUCAUGAUGAUAGCUAUCGUCUUUCUGUCCAUCGUUGAUGCUUUCGUCUUGGUUGCUCGUGCGCAUGCUGUAGUAUUGUUGAAUUCUGCCAACGUGGUUUCUGUUCUGGGACCAAAUACAUAUGGUUCAACAGCCAUCAAGAAGAGUAAACUACUCUUACAGGAGAAAAUAAUUAUGAAUAUUCUCGUACUGCUCCACUUGGUUUCCGACGGAUUUGUUUGUAUUGUAUGCUUCGCUAUACUCUAUGAUAUGAACAUCAUAGUUAGGGGUUUGAUCAUUUCGUUAUGUAUCAUCGCACUGGCAGCGGGAAAUUUCUUGGGGAUAACUGCUCCAAAUCAUUUGUAUCAUGUAUGCACAGGUUAUGAUAAUCAAGUGAUUCGCAAAAGAGCUUCUGAUGAUUGCGUUCAAGAGAGAAAAGAGUUUGGUAAAGAUAAUUGUGUAGAAGACGAUAAGUUGGAAGUUUAA